AGAAAAACCAUUUUUAUGGGUCACUUAUCUUCAUUACUUAGAAAAAAUUGGAUUUUAUGGAAAAGAAGUUGGGUUUGCUCUUUACUUGAAUUGGUAAUACCAUUGUUUUUGAUACUUGCAUUAGGAGGAAUAAGGUAAUUCUUUAUUAAAUGUAAGGUCGGCUGUUGAAAAAGAGGAUGUUUCAGAGGCUAACUUUUAUGAUCCUAAAAAUUUGAAAGAUUGGAAGACUCCACCCUUUUUGGUUUAAAUAUAACCUUAUAUAAAUGAAUCAUAAAUUGAGGAAAAAUUAGUAAAAGCUGGUCUAAGAAAUAUUAGUCUUGAUAUAUCAGAAAAUCUGAAGGCAUUGAAUACUACAGCAAGACUUCGUUUGUUACCACCUAUGAAGUAAUAGAUAAAAAUUAUGUUAGGAACUGUAUAGAUAAUUAUAGAUAGGAUUAGAAAAGAUUUUGGAGAAAUGGUGAGGUAGCAUUAGGUCCAAGUGCUGAUCAUCCAAUCGUAUAGGAACUUACAUAAAUUUUUAUUAGUAAAACUUUAUAUAUUAUUAAUAGAGUAUUAUCACUAUAAUGUUAAGAUUUAUAAGAGUAGUAAGGAACUGGAUGAUUAUACAACAUCUGAUAAAUAUGNUGUAUAAUUAUUUUUUUAAUUUUGUACUAGAUCUAUAGUUUUAGUUAUUUUUAUUUUAGUAUUUUUUUGCUUUUUAUUUACUUUGA